AAAGCAUUUCUUGUCUGGGAUUUGUUGCCAAUUUUACUGUAUCAUACAUAUAAACCAUGGUUACACCUCUAUCAGCUUGGCCUUGGGAGAACCUGGGAAAUUUCAAGUAUUUGCUAUUUGGUCCUUUAGCGAUGAAAGUUCUGCAUUCGUGGAUCUAUGAGGGUACAAUUGAGGAUCACUGGUGUGUUCAUGUACUCCUCAUAUGUGUUUUGAGAGGAUUGAUUCAUCAGCUAUGGAGCUCUUACGGUAACAUGUUGUUCUUAACUCGGAAUCGUCGGAUUAUACAGCAAGGAAUUGAUUACAAGCAAAUUGACAAAGAAUGGAACUGGGACAAUUUCAUAAUCCUUCAAGCUCUGUUAGCUUCCAUGGCCUGUUUGGUCUUCCCAUCUUUGAAUAGGCUUCCUCUCUGCAACACAAAAGGGUUUAUUACUUUACUGUUACUACACGUCGCCGUAUCAGAGCCUUUAUAUUAUCGGUGCCAUAGGUUUCUCCAUGAAAGCAACCAUUUCAACCAUUAUCAUUCACUUCACCAUUCAUCUCCAGUUCUCCAUCCUUUUACAGCCGGACAUGCAACUUUUUUCGAGCACCUCGUGCUAUGUAUCGUGAUUGGAAUUCCGAUGACGGGAUCCAUUACGAUGGGGUACGGAUCGACAAGCAUGAUCUAUGGUUACUUUGCGGCGUUCGAUUUUUUAAGAUGCUUGGGGCAUUCAAAUGUUGAAGUUGUUCCACAUGAAUUGUUCAACAAGUUACCUUUCCUCAGAUACUUACUCUAUACUCCCACGUACCAUGGCUUGCACCACGAACAGAUGGGGACCAACUUCUGUCUCUUCAUGCCUUUGUUUGAUGCCAUGGGGGGUACACUUAACAGCAACUCAUGGCAGCUGCACAAGAAAAUUAGUUCAGAUUCAGGAAAGAACGGGAGGGUACCAGAUUUUGUGUUCUUGGCACAUGUGGUGGACAUAACAUCGGCCGUGCAUGUCCCUUUCGUCUUCAGAUCAUUCUCAUCCGUACCCUUCUCCACUAGGAUCUUUAUAUUGCCUCUUUGGCCUUUCACUUUCUUGUUCAUGCUGUUGAUGUGGGCUUGGUCUAAGGCUUUUCUAGUUACUUUCUACAACCUUAGAGGCUAUUUGCACCAGAUGUGGGUGGUUCCUAGGUUCGGCUUUCAGUAUUUCUUACCAUUUGCAAUGGAAGGCAUCAACAAGCGCAUAGAGGAGGCCAUUCUAAGGGCUGAUAGAAUAGGGGUGAAGGUCAUCAGCCUUGCUGCCUUAAAUAAGAAUGAAGCCCUUAAUGGAGGAGGAACACUGUUUGUCGAAAAGCACCCGGACCUGAAAGUGAGAGUUGUCCAUGGCAAUACCUUGACGGCUGCUGUUAUUCUUAACGAAAUUCCUAAAGAUGUCGAGGAAGUGUUUUUAACCGGAGCCACUUCGAAGCUCGGCCGAGCCAUCGCCCUUCACCUUUGUCGGAGGAGAGUUCGUGUUCUUAUGUUGACUCUGUCAACCGAGAGGUUUCAGAAGAUACAAAGAGAAGCCCAUGUGGACUGCCAAAACUACCUUGUACAGGUGACCAAGUACCAGGCGGCCAAAAAUUGUAAGACAUGGAUCGUGGGCAAGUGGAUAACGCCGAGGCAGCAAAAUUGGGCACCAACGGGAACUCAUUUUCAUCAAUUUGUGGUGCCACCCAUUUUGGCAUUCAGAAGAGACUGCACCUACGGUGAUCUGGCUGCCAUGAGAUUGCCUGAUGAUGUUGAAGGCCUUGGAAGCUGUGAGUACACGAUGGAAAGAGGAGUGGUUCACGCAUGCCAUGCAGGAGGAGUGGUUCAUCAGCUAGAAGGAUGGACACAUCACGAAGUCGGGGCGAUCGACGUCGAUAGGAUCGAUCUUGUGUGGGAAGCAGCUAUGAAGCAUGGUUUAAGGCCAGUGUCGAGCACCUAAACAAGCGAAAAAGAAUGCCAUGAAAGAAAA